AUGUCAUGCUCACACAUACCAGGUUUGGAGGAAAUUGAGAUAAGCUAUUGUGCAUGUACCCCAGCUCCUAUACACCUCAUGGGACAUGGUCUAUUUGCAUGUUACCCUAUCUCUCCCACUCUUGCAUUCAUGAGGAAACUCUUUGUGCAGUUGACCCCCAACACAACUGCAUGGUGUGAAGCACUUGAAAGUUUUCUAGAUGCCCAAGGGUACAAGCUGCACAAUGCAUACCAUGGGUAUACUGUGUUAACAAUAUACAUGGAGGACCAUAUUACUGGCCUGGUUCACUCCUCCCAAGCCUCUGUUCAACAAGACACUAGGUCUCAACCAAGUGACUACCUACAUGCUUUCUGUCCACUAUGUUUUGGGGGAGUCAAUGGAAAGUUUAUUGAUGCCAACCUAAUUCUGACCUCCAAAAGCCUUGGCUGCAUUAAGCAAACAAAUAAGGACUCUACUGGCCAUGACCCUUCCAAUCCUACCAACACUGUAUUCAUUCCUAAAUCAGAGGUGAAGGUGAUGGAAAUUUUCAUUGAGAAACAGCAAUCUCUUCCAUCUGAUCACCAUCAUUCUUCACCUCAAAAACAAGGGGACAGUUUUGAGGAUGGGAUGAGAGUGCCCAUCUCAGUGCUGGAUGGGUGUGGGGAUUCUUUCCAUGCAGCAGAUGAAAAGUGUGAGAAAGCAAGCACCCACUUUUUUGCAGACACAGGGCUGAUGGCUUUGCUUUGUCAUGAUGAUCAUGUUCUCUGGCUGGUCAAUAUGACAUCUGCAGGAGAAAAGCAGCACUAUGCCUUGGUGCUAUUGAAACAUCUCUUUGAACAUCUGCCUACCACCACAACUGUUGGCCUCCUAUAUGACAUUGGCUGUCAACUGGAAUGUAGUUGCCACAAGUGGAAGCUACUUGAUGAGGGGAUACUCUCCAGGUUGAAGUUUGGCAUCUCUGUUUUCCAUGCUUAUGGUCAUCAGUGGCCAUGUCAGAUAGUAUAUCACCCACAUAAAUGUGUGGGCUUUGGUUUGUCAGAUGGUGAGGGGUGUGACCAGUUAUGGAGUUCUCUGAAGAUGCUCAUUCCUAUCCUCCAGGUGUCUGGUUACCAUCAGAGGCUAUUUGUUCUUGAUAAUCAGAUUUGUCACUUUGACAAGAAGUCAUUUACUGCUCUUGGCCAGUGGCUGAACAAAAAGUGGUCCCUCUGCAAAAGCAAGAAAACAAUGGCUUUGGGGGCCCUCCAUGCAUUGCAUGUUGACAUGCAGACUCUACAAGAGGAGUGGGCUGCACAGUCUUUUUCCUAUGUUUGCCAUCAUGUUGCUCACCAUACACAUAUAGGGCAGUCAAAGAAGAAUGGUGCUGAACAGUUGGCACUUAUACUUGCCCUGGAAAAAUCUGUUCAGAACCACCAGAGCCAUGUGGAUCAGCUGGAAAUGGAUCUUCACAAUGAUUACAAAAAAAAAAGUGCAUUAGGAGUCUCAGCACAAACUGACCUCUAUCUCCUGAGGAACAACAAGUGGCUCCAAACCCAAACUAAUGCACAGGCACUGAAACACAAGUUUGAAUUUGAGUGGCUAGAACAGUCAUCCAAGAACUCUGUUAAUGAAAAUAAUUUACAGUCACAUCCUGCCAUAUCAAAACUUGUCACUAGCUACAUCACCCUCUGUGAUGAGCUUAUGGGUAUGAUACAACUUGGGAAAGCACCCCCUGGUGCAAUUUCCCCUUUCCCCAUACCUCCUAAGGGAAUUGUUCAACUGGAGGUUGACAGUGAUAUUUGGCAGGAUGUGGGACUUGCAGAGGGUUGUGCUAAUCCCCCAUCUUGGCUUGCUGAUGAAGGUGUGCAUAAGGGAAUAAGGCUCAUGCUAGAAGUUGAUAGUUGUAACAAAGAAGAAAGAAUAUUGUCAAGAGAGCAGUCUGCCUUGCAGGAAUGGUUUUCUGUGGAGUGGCAGAGUGUCCAGGUGACCUUGGAACAUGCAGCAUUGAUUCCAUCUAGACCUUGGGGACCCAGAGCAGAGGAAAUUGCAGGUUGCCUUGUGGCUGCUAACAAUCCCAGUGUAAUAUCUGCAGCAGAGGAUCAAACAGAAGGAUCAUUAAAAGACUAUGACUCUGAUGGGGAGGGGUUGAUGUCAGAAGGUGAUGAUAACCUAUUAUUAUCCAUUGAAGAGAUGACACUGGAAGAGGAAUAUUCCAUGGGGGAAGCAGAUGAGGAGCAAUCCACAGAGGAUGAGAAAUGGUUGCAGGACAUUGAAAAUGGUUAUUUGCCCUCUUCACCAGUGAAAUUGCCAUUAAAAAGAUGGAGAUACUAG